GCGUCGAACCCAGCUGGGGAACGUGGUGCAGGUCCGUGGGAGAGUGCCAUCCGCCAAAAUGGCGAUCGUCGUCGCCGUCGCCUCGAGCCCUCUCCCGAGUCCGGUGCCCGUGUUAUCGGACCACGAGUUUGCAUCGCCCGACGACGAAAAGCCGAGCGACUACCACGGCCGUCUCACGGUUUGGCCAGGCGCCGUCUUUUGUCUCGUGCUGCUGCUUGGAAGCGGCGUGCUGCUGGCGUACCUCGGCGACAACGUACACACACAAACCAUGGUCCGCGUCCGCGCCAAGCUCCUCGCGGCGGCCGAGCGCAAGCGCAUUGCGAGCAACGGCUCGUCACUGCACGACGCGCUGAUUGACCCGAUCGACGGCCAAGUCGACAACCCGCGCCAGUACCCCACGCGACGGUGCGCGUUGCCUAAUUAUGUGAGCAAAAACAACGGCAUCUACGUCGAACACGGCGGGACCUCGCAGCGUGUGAGCAUCAAGGGCAUCAACUGGUUUGGCGCCGAGACGGCCGCGGCGAUUCCCAUGGGUCUCUGGGACAAUGGCGUCAACGGUACAACGGUGCUGGCCAUCACGUCGUUCUUGGCCGAGCACAAGUUUAACAGCGUGCGCAUACCGCUCUGUGUCGAGCAUCUGCUUCGCAACACAGCGCCCGACCCGCGCCUCAUCAAUUUGAAUACCAACCGCGCCUUUGACAUUGGCAGCUACGUCCGCAUGCUGCAGAGCCUCGUGGUCGCUCUAGGAGCCAAGAACAUUUCCGUGCUCCUCGAUUUCCACACGCUGACGACGACCGACAAGGGGGACAACUGGUUCAGCGCAUCAUUGCCCCGAGACGCCGUCCUCUCGGCUGUCGACGUGCUCACGACCCAUUUAUGUGCACCAAGCUACUGGAACAUCCUCGGGCUCGACCUCAAGAACGAGCCGUGGAAGGCAACUUGGGGCACAAACGACGCAUCCGACUUUCGCACCGGCGCGACGCUGCUCGGAAAUCGCAUGCUCGCGGGCUGUCCGUCCUGGCUGGCGUUUGUCGAGGGCACAUGGGCAUCCCACGACAUUCCCAACCAGUUUUCGUAUUUCGACUGGUGGGGCGGUGGCCUCCAAAACGCCGGCCGCCUUCCCAUCAUGUUGAGUCAACCCAACAAGGUGGUGUACGCGCCGCACUACUACAACCCGUCCGUCUCGGUCCAGCCGUACAUGUACGCGAGCGGCACAGUUGAUAGCAACGGCGCACUGCAGAGCUACGUCGAGCUUGACGACGUGACGCUGCGCUCACGCAUUGAGACCUCGAUGCAGCACAUGUUUGGCUACCUCGCGUCGGGAGCGCCGAACGCUAUCGUCCUCGGGGAGUUUGGCGGCCUGUAUACCCGCGACACGCACCCCAAGCGCACCAACCAGCGCGUGACGCAGCUCGUUGUGGCCAUGCUUUCGGCGCCAGCGAAUGUUGGCUACGCUGGCGGCUACGUCUGGUCGCUGAACCCUGAAAGCGGGUAUGCAUUUUCCGACGGCGCCACCAUGGGGGCGUUCACCGAAGGCCUCGUCGACGACACGUGGCUCACAGCCAACGACGCUUACCUCCAAGCGCUCGCGCCACUGAACGACAUGCCGUACUUGUCGCCGUUUCCGUGCUUCGAGCUGCAAUCGGUCGACGUCCUAUGAUUUAAAUAACGAUGUACACUAUUGUCA